CCACAACCCCGGUCAGGCUCGUAGCCACGCCCCCUGCCGCCCCACAAGAUCUACUACCGGUUACUAGAGUGUUGCGGAUGUGUGAUGCAACCAACUGCUCCAUCCACUGGGCUUCCCUUAUGUACUUAUUUUGAAGCGCUGGGUGCCAGCGGAGUCACCCUACCUUAGUGGAUCUAUCUUUGAGCUAAAUGGCCACCGCUGCCCCCCCUCCAGCCUCUGGCUCGACUGCGGCAACUGACAAUGCAAGUCCCGGAUCCAGCAGCUCUACUGCGGCCGACGGUGGCAACCAGGACAGUACCUUCGAGUGUAAUAUAUGUCUGGACACCGCCAAGGAUGCAGUGAUCAGCCUGUGUGGACACCUCUUCUGUUGGCCUUGUUUGCAUCAGUGGUUGGAGACCAGACCCAACAGACAAGUGUGUCCAGUGUGUAAAGCUGGCAUUAGCCGAGACAAAGUUAUCCCCUUAUAUGGGCGGGGAAGCACAGGUCAACAAGACCCCAGAGAAAAAACACCCCCACGACCACAAGGGCAAAGGCCGGAGCCAGAAAACCGUGGUGGCUUUCAAGGGUUUGGCUUUGGAGAUGGAGGUUUCCAGAUGUCAUUUGGAAUCGGUGCCUUUCCAUUUGGUAUUUUUGCUACAGCUUUUAACAUCAAUGAUGGAAGACCACCUCCAGCGGCCCCUGGGACACCACAGCACACGGACGAACAGUUUCUGUCUCGACUCUUCCUGUUUGUCGCUCUGGUGAUUAUGUUUUGGCUGCUGAUUGCAUAAACGCAUGGAAAGACAACAUCUUGGGGUAACCCAAAUGGUUUGACAGACAUCAUCACGGUUUGCACCAAUGUGAUUCUGCCUUCUUACAUUUUCUAGCUCCUUGAUUGUUUUUUUUUCUCCUUUACACAAACGUGAGAUUUGAAUGAAGCAUUUUUUUCCAAAAUAAAAGAUGCCUGUAAUUCAGGGAUAAAAACGUUCAAAGUGUACCACGUAACCAUGGUUACUUAAUGUUUUAACUCAAUAACUUAUAAUAAUAAUUUAUAUUUCCUGCACCUAAACUUCAUCAGCCAACGGCUUCAAACAUCGUGCUGCUUAUACAACCUCCCCCCCUCGUAUAUCUACAUGCAUCUUUCUCUCUCUGUUGUUGGUCAUUUUUUAGACACAUAAGAGGUUAUUCAGGUGAGAGAAAGUGGAGAUCACUCAGUGCUUUUUCACUUUUUGCAUUUUUGACUGAAUCAGGGCUUUUUUUGAUUGUUUUGCUUCUAUUAUUGUAUUUAAAGAAAUAUUCUGCCUAACAAAAUAAGUCCACCAGUGCUCAUUCAUUUGGAUUUUCAUUCACACUUCCAAUCCAACCAAUAUGUUCUGAAACCCAUAUGUUUCAGCCUAUAUUUGGUUGCCUGUUACCCUACUUAGGUGGCUUUUCUUAAGGUUAUUUUUGGGCUUUGAUAGCCUUUUAUUAGACAGGAGCAGCUGUAGAGAGACAGGAAAGUGGGGAGAGAGAGAAACGGGGGGGGGGCAUGACACGCAGCAAAAGGGCCACAUGCUGAAAUCAAACCCAGGCUGCUGCAGUAAGGACGCAGCCUGUGCACGAGGGGCAAAGCUCUAACAGGUGAGCUACCAGGGUAUAGGUAUAUAGGUAUUAAUUUAGGCCAUCUGGUCCCCGUGCUCUCAUUUAAUGGUCAUAGCAGGAAAAGCACAGGUGUUAGUAAUAACAUUAAGGAUGACUCUGAUCUAUUCCAGUGUCCCAGGAGGUCAUAACAGUAUGACAGCCAUUAUUAUUUAUUAUUGACACCUGUGCUUUUAAGCUGACAUGUCAAAAUGUCUUCCAUGUAAAAGGUAUUCAUAUAGGCCUGCAUUUUAUUUUUAUUUUUUUUGAAUUGUUGGAAAUCUUAAUGAGUUACACGCUGAACACUAGCAUGUGCCUCUUCCAUGUUGUCUCUCCGUUCACUGAUUUACUAAGAAUUCUUUUUGUUAUAUAGCUGUACUUGAUCUCACAAAUACAUCUCAUCUGCAAAAUGUACCAAAAUCAUACCAAGAUUUUUUGGAAUCAAAACAAUGUCAGACAUUGUCUCUUUAUUUUAGAUGAGAUUAAAAAAGCAAUGUGUUGAUGCAUGUAAGCAGUUAAGAUUAAUUUAUGAAACAGUGUUCCUCUCCAAACUGGAAAGUUUCUUUUGCUCUGGUUUCUCUGUCACUGUAAUUAAAUGUAAAAUACUGUAGAUUAUUACAGAGUUAAUGAAGAUUGAAAAAUAAAACAACUUUUCUAAAUGUGAAUUCACUCUAUUGACAGUAAAAACCAUGUAAAUAAAGAUGUUAAUCAUA